CCCUCUCGAGUGCUCCUGAGGAAGGUGUUUUACUAAUCACUGCUGUACCCCGGUGCGCAGGGAAUGAAACCAGCCCGGAGAGCUUCCUCUUGCACAACGCACUGGCCAGGAAACCCAAACGGAUCCGUACAGCUUUCUCCCCAUCCCAGUUACUGAGACUGGAACACGCCUUCGAGAAGAACCAUUAUGUAGUGGGAGCGGAGAGAAAACAGCUGGCACACAGCCUCAGCCUCACGGAAACUCAGGUAAAAGUGUGGUUUCAGAACCGACGGACAAAGUUCAAGCGGCAGAAGUUGGAAGAGGAAGGUUCGGACUCACAACAGAAGAAAAAAGGGACUCAUCACAUUAACCGGUGGAGAAUCGCCACCAAACAAGCCAGCCCAGAGGAAAUCGACGUCACGUCGGACGAUUAA